AUGAAAUACAUUAUCGAACAUAUGGAACAAGGAUUCACCGAAUGGGUGACUCUUGAGUACUGUCAAAUAAUACGCGAUGUUGGAAAAGAUAAUUUAAUACUUACUUCGCUUCCAGGCCAAAUCAAAGAGGAUGACAUUCCUUUGUGUCUUAGAGAGAUGGGACUAAACUGGACGACCAAAGACACUACAGAAUUUUUGGAUCUGAACACCGCGAAGUUGUGUCUUCUUGAUCCCAGAGCUGAGAUUGAUCUUCAACCAGCCGAUAAGCUAAAGUUUGACUAUUUUGUUUUUGGUGGGAUUCUUGGCGACCAUCCUCCACGAGACCGAACCUCCGAGCUUAAGCAUAAAUUAGGCUGUGAAACUAGAAGACUCGGGCAUUUGCAAAUGACUACUGAUACGGCUGUCCGGACUACAAAAUUGAUAGUUGAAGGCACAAAAUUCGAAGACAUAAAAUUUAUCGAUUAUCCGGAAAUACGUUACAACAUACAUGAGGCUACCGAAAUGCCAUUUAGGUAUGUUCUGAACGACCAGAACGAACCUAUAUUACCAGAAGGCAUGCUGAAUCUAAUCAAGAAAGACUCGGAAAAGACUCUGGAUGAUUUCUUUUAA